ACUUGUAUUUCUGUUGAGGAGGUAUAGCCUAAGCUAUCUGCAUAAUGUGUUUGACGAUAUAGCCCUCAGCAUCAGUACCAGGCUCAAUCAGAAACACCUUGAUGAACCACCACCUGGAAUACAAGGACUAUUACAAUGAAGUCGACUUUCACAUAGAUCACAUCUCGUUUCUAAACCAGUGUAUAUAAUAGAUUAUAACACCACGCUGGCUGGCGUUUUGCAGGGUACUUUAUUACAUGGAGCUAUUUCCACCUUUUUGUCCCCGAGUAGAGUAUUUUUUGUUGAACUACACAUAAAAACGACCACUGCUCGCAAACUAUGGACGAGGAGAAUAUGACAAAAAGCGACGAGCAGCAUUUGAGUUUGCGAAAAGCUUUGCAGCAGUGCGAGUUGGUUCAAAAUAUGAUAGACAUAAGCAUUUCCAGCUUGGAGGGUUUGAGGACCAAAUGUGCCACAUCCAACGACUUGACACAAAAAGAAAUACGAACGCUGGAGGGAAAGCUGGUGAAGUACUUCAGUCGCCAGCUGUCCUGUAAGGUGAGAGUGGCCUCACAGGAGGACAGCACUGAGCUACAGGACUUCCCCAGACUGGGACACUGGUUCCGCAUCGUCAACCUGAGGAAGGAGGUCACUGAGGAGAUGGAUCCGGGCGACGUGACUCUGGAGGGGCUGCUGGAGAUGAGUGAUGAGCAGGUGUGUGAGGCCAUGGAGAAGUUUGGAGCCAACGACGAGGAGUGUGCCCGGCUCAACGCCUCCCUGUCCUGCCUCAGGAAGGCCCACCAGUCCGAACAACUCGAGGAUGACUCAUUGCCCAAUAACGGAGCAGGCAGCCAUGCCAAGCAGGACUGGUCCAUCCAGUGGCCCACCUCUGAGUCUGGCAAGGAGAACACUCCCUUCCCCUCUCCAGAACCCAGCCAGUGGGUCCGCUUCCAGCUCUCCCAAAGCCCCAUGGUCCAGGCCAAGUACAACCAGCAGCACCACAGCCAGUGCCACAGCCCCCAGUCAUUGCUACCCUAUCCGUAUGGCCCCUAUGUCCAGCCAGACCGCCUCACCGUGGACAGUCACCUGGGACUGGGGGCCUUCCCCCCCAUGGACACGGGUCAUCGAUCCCUGCCCCCCUCGCCCCGUCAGAGGCACUUUGCCCACACCCCUCCCCGGACUCCACUAGUGGUGAACACCAUGACCCCCCCGGGCACGCCCCCCAUGAGGCGCAGAAACAAGGUGAAGGCCCCCGGGACGCCCCCACCGCCCAGCCGAAAGCUCAUCCACCUGCUGCCGGGCUUCACGGCGCUGCACCGCUCCAAGUCACACGAGUUCCAGCAGGGAAACCGCAUAGGUCUGGAGGCAGCUGACAUGCAGACACUCAAAGUGAAGCAGAAGAAGUCCAAGCCUCAGCACCUGAAGAUCAACAGCAGUGUGGGGAGUUGUGAGAACCUCCCUACCCAACGCUCACCCCUCCACUCCUCUGACCAUCGCUCACUCCGUUCCUUCUUCUUCCCCACCUUCAUCCCCUCCACUCCCCCCGUCCACCCCGAUGCAAUUUUAUGGUAA